AUAAAACUAACGUUUUCUAUUUCUCUAUUUUGGUGCUCUUACUCUUUCUCUCUCUUCUUCUUCUUCCUCCUCAAAGCCUCUCUUUAGGUCCUUGCAUUUUUGGUGUAGGGUUUCCAAUUCCUAAACAACUGUUUGUAUGCUUUCUCAUGUCAACAUUUUAGUUCCAGAACCUGUUCCUCAUUGUUUUCACUUCUCUCUCCUUUCCUAAGGUUCUCGGAAUAUAGGAGCUUUAAAAUCGAUUUGCUUAAAGCAUGCUCACAAGUUUGCACGCAUUUGGAUCGUUAAAGUUGGUUUAUGCGGAAACAUGAAUUAGUAUAAUUUUUGAGGGUAUAAUAAAACUUUGAAGAUACAGCUGAGAAAAGUUAGUGCCAGUGUAACAGUUAAGAUGGGUUCAUAUUCUGGUUCUUUUGAAAUUGUUGAAGCAGGUGAAGAGCUAAAACCGGUACAACGUUCUAGACGGACAUACCGACCGCACAUAGGAUUGGGCAUUGGUGAAAAGGAUCAGAAGCCACCUGUGCAGAAACUGGGAUGCAAGAAUUCUCUAGAAAAUGAUAUUAACCAGCUUUUUGAGGCUAUCAAUGUCAAAGGUCCUACAGGUUUAAGUGUUUCGUACCAAGGAGGUACUAGCUCGAGUUCUUUAAAGAAAAAUGCUUUGAAGAAACCAAUUGCUGUGGGGAUACCCCACUCCCCGAGAAUUGGUGGUUCAGAGCCGUUGUCAUUGAAACAGGCAUUAAGGGAUCUUUGUAUUUCUAAAGCAUCGGAAAUGGCUGCUAUGAAAUGGUUGUCAAUGUCAAUUAGUUCCCCUGGCGCCUCUGAAGCUGGAAGGGUAAAGAGUUCGUUCAAUCCAGUUGUAGUUGACUCUGGUGUUCCAGGAAAUGAACAUAAGGGGAGCAUGGUUGAAAUAUCUUUUGUGCCUGAAGAUGACAAACCGACUUCUUCUAGGAUGAUGACUGCCCCACGUCAAGCACCUAAGAAUAAGUUGAUGAGCCAAAGUUCUAAUUCUUCACCACAGUUUCCUCGUGCAACAAUGCAAAUUAGCACUGGAACUUCUACAUCAACUCAAACUGAUAGUUCUACAUCCAGAAAAGUUGGAACUCCAGCACCAAAGGCAGAGAUGCGUCGGAAAGAAAAGCAUACUUCUGCAUCUUCUCCAUCAUGUUCUUAUGCUGAUGAUAAUACAUUAGAACCUGAGAGUACCGUGCCUGCUUCAACCAAGGUACCAAAAAGAUCACCUGUGCCAAAGUCGGGACGGAAAGGCAGGUUGCAUGCUGUUCCUUCAUCCAGCUUGACCGAUGGCAAUAAAGCAAGCAGUACAACAAGGAAUGUGCCCCGGGUGGCUAAAACAAUUGUCAGGAACAAGAGUUCUGUCAAGAAAAAAACGAAGCAGGAUUCCUCUUCUGCUGCUAAUACUUCUAAAGAAGACUUGGACUUGAAUACAAGUCAAUUAAUUUGUCAGAGAUGCCAGUGCUCUAUGAAGACUUCAAGUAAUGAAACAAAUCAAGAUUCCAUGAAGUCACAGUCUGCUGGUAUUAUUGCUGAAGUCAGCUCAAGUCAUGUGAGUUCUGAUAUGCACAAGCCAACCUUGGUUGAAAAUAACUCUAACAGAAGCCAAGCUGCCAUUCCAAGGGCUAAAAAUAGCCCCAAAGCAAGAGAAAAGGGAGACAUCUCACAAAGUUCAAGCAGCCUUGGUGAUAGUAGCAGCACAAGCAUCAGCGAUGACAGCAAUUUAAGUGGGUCUACCUGUGGCAACAAACCUCACAUGUCAAAGGACAUGAGGUGGGAUGCCAUCUCCCACAUAAGAAUGCAGGAUGGUGUUUUCGGGUUGAGACAUUUUAAUCUUUUAAAGAAGCUUGGUUGUGGAGAUAUUGGGACGGUAUAUCUUGCAGAGCUUAUUGGUACAAACUGCUUGUUUGCUAUAAAGGUAAUGGACAAUGAAUUUUUGGCGAGAAGGAAGAAAAUGCCUAGGGCCCAAACAGAAAGAGAAAUAUUAAGGAUGCUUGAUCAUCCUUUUUUACCUACUCUAUAUACGCAAUUCGUUUCAGAUAACUUAUCAUGUUUAGUUAUGGAGUACUGUCCUGGUGGGGAUUUGCAUGUGCUUCGGCAAAAGCAGCCUGGGAGAUGUUUUUAUGAGCCAGCAGCACGGUUUUAUGUAGCUGAGGUUCUUCUUGCUUUGGAGUACUUGCACAUGCUUGGAGUUGUGUACCGUGAUUUGAAACCUGAAAACAUUCUGGUUCGAGAAGAUGGCCACAUAAUGCUCACAGAUUUUGACCUUUCACUGAGAUGCACAGUUAGUCCAACUCUCCUGAAAUCUUCAUCGUAUUUGGAUCCUGCAAGGUUAUCUGUUCAAUGUAUGGCUUCUAGCUGCGUGGAACCCUUCUGUAUCGAACCAACCUGCCAUGUCCCAUGCUUUGGUCCUAAGUUUUUGCCCACUUCUGCAAAAACAAAGAAGAAAGCGAAAGAAGACCUUGCUGCCAAAGUCCGAUCACUGCCACAGCUUGUUGCUGAACCCACUGAUGCAAGAUCCAAUUCCUUUGUUGGGACCCACGAGUACUUGGCUCCUGAGAUCAUUAAAGGAGAUGGUCAUGGAGCUGCUGUUGAUUGGUGGACCUUCGGCAUCUUUCUUUAUGAGCUCCUCUAUGGUAAGACGCCUUUUAGAGGUGCAGGGAAUGAAGAAACGCUGGCUAAUGUAGUGUUGCAGAGCCUUAAGUUUCCGGACGUUCCUCUCGUUAGUUUCCAUGCAAGGGAUCUCAUCAAACGGCUGUUGGUAAAGGAGCCCGAGAAUCGUCUAGGGACAGAAAAGGGGGCAGCUGAGAUCAAACAACAUCCAUUCUUCGAAGGCUUGAACUGGGCUUUGAUACGGUGUGCUGUUCCACCAGAACUACCAGAGUUGUAUGAACUGGGGGUUCCGACAAUGAUGUCCCCAGAGGCAGAAACGAGCAAUUACUUAGAAUUUAAAGCAACAGGAGAGCACCUUGAAUUCGAGCUGUUUUGAUGAAAAGGUCUACUUCAAGCGAAAGUUCCCUAAGAUAUCAACCGUCCGCAUGAGACCUUUAAUCAGGCCGGUGUUGUAAAUUAAAUAUGUAGCUCAUAGUGUAAAUUUGAUUUGAGAAUAUUUUGUAAAGCUGAUAUCAGAUUUUGUCAUAUCAGACACCAUAAUCUUUCCUUCUUAUUAUUACCAAUGGAACUACUUGCCUGUUUCCGAUCA